UUAUUCCCCAUAAUUUGCGAGGGUGUAAAAUCCGAAUUUUGACCUUGAGAUCUCUGGGAGACGGCCUGAAGGAGGAAGCAGAUGGCGGGAGAAGAGGUUUCCGGUCCGGCAGGUCCUAAGGUUCUCCGUUUUCUCUAUUUCGCCGGCGCCGGAUUUGUCUUCGCCAUCGCGGUAAACAAGUGGCGGGAGAUGGAGCGCCGUUCUCUGUUGCAACAGCAUCAGAAGCAGAUGUUGAAUCAUCAAUUCUCAGAAACUCCUAAUGAUGCGGUACAGAAGGUCGUCGAGUGAUCUCAGGGUUUAGGGUGAUACUCAAGGAUCUUUAAGAUGCUUUCCCUCAACAGUCAAGCCUGUUAUUUUCAACUAGAUUUCCGAUUCUGGAUAAAAGUAUUUCGACGAUGAUCCAUGUUUUUUUUUGCUGUGACGCUGGGUAGAUUUGAGCCAAUGCCAAGGAAAUGAUGCCUCUGUCAAUACUGCUGUCUCUUCCUUCAUCCCGGCCGGAUCUAGCCACCUCUGUUUCUAAUCUCAAUUUUUGUUUACAAGUACAUUAGGGUCUGAAGGAAACAUCAUUUUCAACUUGAACUACCCUAGAGUAACUGGAAUAAAUUCCUCCUUUUCUACCUGUUAGCUAAUUUUUUGAAGUUCAUUUCUGA